GAAAAAAAAAAAAAAAGAUAUUUAUUAGAUAAAAAUGCCACGUGUACGAACAAAUCAAGAAGAAGAGCAGGCUUUGUUUUGUUGAGCUGUCUAUAAAAUGAAGAGAUCACCCCUUCAAGCUUCUCCAUCAAUUGAAACCAUCCCUAAGAGCUUAUUACCAUCUCUCUCUCUCCCAAACGAAAAGCUGUAAUAGUCCACGAUGGCCAUAACCGCUACUUUAAACGACGGCGUUUCGCUAAACGCCGAUAAAACUUCAUACGAUCUGGUGGAAACUGAUGUUGAGAUCAUCACUUCCGGUCGCCGUCGGAUUCCGGCGCACUCCAACAUCCUGGCUUCUGCUUCACCGGUGCUUACGAACAUCAUCGAGAAGCCGAGGAAAAUCCACGGCGGAUCAUCGAAGAGAGUAAUCAGAAUUCUUGGCGUUCCAUGCGACGCCGUUUCAAUCUUCGUCAGAUUCCUCCACUCACCCAGUCUGACGGAGAAGGAGAUGGAGAAAUACGGAAUCCAUCUACUGGCUCUAUCACAUGUGUACAUGGUGACUCAGUUAAAGCAACGGUGCACCAAAGGCGUCGGCGAGAGAGUAACAGCCGAGAACGUCGUCGAUGUUCUCCAACUGGCUCGGCUCUGCGACGCACCUGACCUCUGUCUCAAGUGUAUGCGUUUGAUUCACUCCAAGUUCAAGACCGUUGAGCAGACAGAAGGAUGGAAGUUUCUUCAAGAACACGAUCCCUUUCUUGAACUCGACAUUCUCCAAUUCAUCGACGAGGCUGAAUCGGUAAUUAAUUUUGUACCACAUUGUUCUGUAAAAGCUCUGUUUUUAUUGCUUAAAAUAAGUCAGAUGAACCAAAAAAAGAGCAAAUCAGGCCUCUCUGAUCAUAGUUGUAUGUGUUUGGGUGAUUUCUUGCAGAGAAAGAAAAGAAGAAGGAGACACAGACGAGAACAGAAUCUGUAUAUGCAAUUGAGUGAAGCCAUGGAAUGUAUCGAGCACAUAUGCACCGAAGGUUGUACAUUGGUCGGACCAUCGUCUAACUUAGACAACGAAAAGUCAACAUCCGGAGGAAAGCCCGGUCCGUGCGGUGCGUUCUCGACUUGUUACGGACUCCAACUUCUGAUCCGUCACUUUGCUGUCUGCAAGAAACGAGUCGAUGGCAAAGGCUGUCUUCGUUGCAAGAGAAUGAUUCAACUCCUUAGACUCCAUUCUUCCAUCUGCGACCAAUCUGAAUCUUGCCGUGUCCCACUUUGCAGGCAAUUCAAGAACAGAGGAGAAAAGGACAAGAAAAUGGCUGAGGAUACAAAGUGGAAGGUUCUGGUGAGAAGAGUUGCGUCUGCGAAAGCCAUGUCUUCGUUGUCCCAAUCAAAGAAGAAGAAAAGUGAUGUGUUGUUAAAAGAAGAAGCAGAAGAUUUCAUCAGAAUCCGGAAGAAGUUAAUGUGAUGAUUAAAAUUUGAUUUUUUUUUUUGGGGGGUUUAUUUGUAGAUCCAUUAUAUUUUAAUGAGCGAUUGUUAGAAGGCAUUAUUAGAGUCAGAAGUUUUAUUUGUUUGUUAAUUUGUCUCUCAGAUCGGUUGAUUGGGUUAAAUUUGUCGAUGAGUAACCCUUUUAAUCUGCCCUUUGCUUGGUCCUAUAUAAAUGUAUUUUACGUUCGUUCAUAAGUAAAGUUUUCAUAAUCAUCUUUUAAAACUAGAAUCAGAACACAUCUUUAUAAGAA